UUUUAACGUCAUUAGUAAGGCAUUUCGUGCAGCCUACGCAAAUGCAAUCAUGUUUCGGAUGGAGAGGAGCAAAAUUUUCGUAUAAUAUAAUAAAUCAAAAUAUAAAUUAGAAGUCUAAUAAAAACAAAAUGGAAGCCGAAACAAUAUCUGAACAAAUCUCUCUGCAAGAGAUUGUUGAUCAAAAUGAAGAAUUAGCUGAACCAGUAGAAAUCAUAUCUCCAGAACUAUUUCCGGAAGAUUUCCAUCAGCUUACAAUUUGCCCUUUUCGAGGAGUAAGCUCCAAAUCGACAAUUGCAGAUGAAUCGGAAGAAUUUCCGGAACCUGUAGAUCCCUUAAAACGUUUGGAAGAUCUUGAAGAGACACCCUUAUCUAAGCGUUCAUUCGCAGAAAUCUACGUGAAUGAAUGCCACAAGUAUGGCGUUACUCCGUUGCAGUACGUAUGCGACGUGUUCCAAGCAGUUGAACAGAAUCCGGAAGAACUGGUUGAUGUUGACCUGAAUCGCAUUGGAUGCAGCAACCGCCAAGUCCAGAUCAUCUUGGACUGUUUAGUGGUGACAUGCCCGGAGCGACUCAACAUCCUCAACAUAAGCCACAACCUUCUAAUGAACGUUCCAUUGACCGUCAGCUUGGCGAAUCUUUUGCAGCUCUCACAGAGGAUCAUUUAUUUGGACCUGUCGCAUUCCGCACUAGGUGACUCCGAAGUGGCCUCAAUUUUGGCAGAAGCGCUGUCCAAUUCGGCCGUACGGAAACUGAAUUUGUCGCAUUGUCAUUUAACCGACGUAGGCGGAAUGCGACUGUUUAAUGCGUUGGCCCUGUCGUUUACUAUCGAAGAGGUCGAUGUCAGUUGGAACAGAUUGGAACACCUAACAGGAGUGGCGGCAGGGUUAUUUCUAAGCACGAACUCUACAAUUCAAGAGCUGAACUUGGAAGGAAACUUCCUUUAUCUGGAGAAAGAGUGCAUCGUUCCUUUCUUGAAAGAGCUUGCAAAGAAUGAGUCACUCCGGAAGCUAAAUUUGGCAUGGAACGCUCUACGUGGAACUCUGUUUAGUGCAGCAUUAUACAAAGCAAUGACGGGCAGUCGAUUGGAAGUUCUGAACUUGGAGAUGAACUGUCUGCGUUCGGAGGAGGGUGCAUCCUUAUUGAAAGCGUUUAGAAAAUGCGAGAUCUUGAAGGAAGUCUUCCUUGGUGGGAACUUCAUGAGUGAAGAUGACAUCAAAGAACUAAUUAAAGCUUUUGGGCGAAACCCAAACAUGAAGUUUCUAUCAGUGGGAGAGUAUCAAUUUGUUAACAAAGUGGCUGGACGACUUUCAAAACGCUUCAUGACUAGGGAUCCCACAAAAACCAUAAAGUUCCAAGGUGUCAUCUUAUUCAAUCCACCCCGCCCGGUGGACGUGCCGGAGAUGCUGCUGGAGCGAUGCCGAUUUCUGGGUUUCAAACCUAAGAAGAAGAAAAGGAAACGUGACCUGGGUCACUUCAUGCUACAACUGCAGCAGCUUGAAAAUCCUCUCCUGGAAAGGGAUGAUUUUGUCAUGUUGGUCAAAAAGUUUCGCAUCAAGUUGGACAAGAGCUUGCUCGGAUCCCUGAUGGACGCCUUUGCGGAGCGGAAACAGGUUGACUGCGCGGCCAUGGCAUUGAAAUAUCUGGGUAAAUACCCCACCGAUCCGCCCCCGGUGAAGCCGAAGAAAGGAAAGAGAAAGAAGAAAGCGAAGGCAAAAUGAAUGGUCGCGGGAAGGGCUAUACAGAAUGAAACAUAGUUGCCAUAAUAAAAGUAUUUCGGU